CGUCAGACUGAGCGGCCUAAACUGACCUCUGACCUCUGACUCAUCGUAAUCGAGCCUCGUCAUGACGAAGCAGGAAGUCGACGACGCCGACUGAUCUGAAACCUGUCGCCAGAAUCACCAUGAGCGAGCUGAGGAGGAGGAGGACGCUGUGAGGCUGGACAGGCUGGGGACAGACAGGAUGAGACGGAUGAGUCCCACUCGUCCCUGAUUCUCUGACUCUGAUAAACUGUAGAGUCCGAACGCUUCCACCAAAAACCAGAGACUUUUCUGAUGAUGUAGAAGAAGAAGAAGAAGAAGAAGAAGAAGAAGAAGCCGUGAUGAUUGUUGACUCCUGCUCAAGAAUCCAGCUGUGAACCGACCAUGAUUGUCUCUGACUGACACAACAUCUGCACCAGAUCCAACUGUUAGUGAAUGUGAAGAAGAACUCGUCUCAGACUCAGACAGCGAACACGAUUGUUUCACUUCAAAAGACUCGUUUUUAAACUCAAGAUGAACUCGACUAACGUUUGAUCCUCAACGUGGCGUUUUGAUUGGACAAACGAAAGUGGACGAGCUGAUUGAGCUGCUGAUCUGACCCCUCAGGAGGUCAGAGGUCAGGAUGACACACCUCCACGCCGGCCUGAGCUCGGAGACCACGGAGAAAGCUCGUUUGGAGCUGAAUGAAAACCCGGACACUCUGCACCAGGACAUCCAGCAGGUGCGGGACAUGAUCGUGACGCGGCCGGACGUCGGGUUCCUGAGGACGGACGACGACUUCAUCCUCCGCUUCCUCAGGGCGCGCAAGUUCAACCAGACGGAGACGUUCAGGCUGCUGGCUCAGUACUUCCAGUUCAGACAGCAGAACCUGGACAUGUUCCAGAGCUUCAAGGUGGAUGACUCUGGUAUUAAGCGGGCGUUGAUGGACGGUUUCCCCGGCGUCUUGGAGACUCCAGACCAACAUGGUAGAAAAAUCCUGAUCCUGUUCGCCUCCAACUGGGACCAGAGCAGGAACUCGUUCAUCGACAUCCUGCGGGCGAUUCUUCUCUCGCUCGAGGUUCUGAUUGAGAACCCGGAGCUCCAGAUCAACGGCUUCGUGCUCAUCAUCGACUGGAGCAACUUCUCCUUCAAGCAGGCGUCCAAGCUCACGCCCAACAUCCUCAAGCUCGCCAUCGAGGGUCUGCAGGACAGUUUCCCUGCUCGUUUUGGAGGAAUCCACUUCGUGAAUCAGCCGUGGUACAUCCACGCCAUGUACACCAUCAUCAAACCCUUCCUCAAAGACAAGACCAGGAAGCGGAUCUUCCUCCACGGUAACAACCUGAACUCUCUGCACCAGCUCAUCCAGCCCGAGUGUUUGCCGUCAGAGUUCGGUGGGUCGAUGCCGCCGUACGACAUGGGCAUCUGGGCCCGAACGCUGCUGGGGCCGGACUACAACGACGAGACGGAGUACACGCUGACCUACGAUGCUCUGCACGUCAGGGAGAACUGUGGAGGAGGAGGAGGAGACAAGGAGAUGAUGAAGAGGUCUCAGUCGGCGGUCGAACCAGGAACCCUCCGACAGAACGACAGAGAGACCAACACACCUCUUCUGGCCCUGGACUGAACACACACUCACACACACACACACACACACACACAGUCACACACACACACACAGUCUGUCUCUGAGCCAUGUGAUGUCAUCAGCAUCUGUUCUGACGUCAACAACUUAACUUCCUGUGAACAAACCUGGUUUCAAACAUGGAAACUUUAUUUAAACCUGAGAUUCAAGUUAUGAGGAACAACAAUCAGAUGAAGAAACGUUUGAGCUUCAUCGACACGGAUGAAUUUAAACUGAGGUUAGUUUCAUCAUAGUUAUUAGACAGGAGUUUAAAUUGCUCUAUGUUUUGUCCCACAAAGCUUUGGGGGAGGUACGAUGAUGUCACAUAAAUGAUCAUCGGACAUGACAGCUGAAAUAAACAAUAGUUUCUGUAACGUGAGGAUUAGCAACGGAGCUAAAUAGCUAACGUGAGAGAUUCUGUCCAGAUUCUGGUUUGGUUCUUUGGUUCGGCCCGAGCGGUGGAGACCAAACAUGGAGCUAAAGAGAGGAAACACCAAACCUCAGCUCUGCUGCCACCAAGUGGAAAGAAAAACAACUGAUUCAGUUUUUACAUUAAACUUGUUCGACGAGAUGUGAUUUAAAUCCAGGUAUAAAAAACGUUGUUGUUAAAAAUCCCGUGUUUUCUGAGCUGCGAAUCAAAAUCUAAAUCAGUUUCAUUCUAAUUUAUUCCUCCACCUGCUGGAGUGUUAACUGAAAAGGACCUGAACGUCUCGUGUGACACCGACCUGAUGGAGGAAACAUCCGCUUCACUUUGGUAGAAGAUUAAUCUCCAUUUGUUCCUUUAAUGUGAAACAUCACAUCAAGCCAGACCAUCAUUGCACACGCAUUUCAAAAUAAGAGCACUGCACAUGUCUCACACUGUAAACCAGCUGUUGGUCUUCUGCCAGGAUGAAAUGUUCUUUCUUUGCGCUGUGAAGAAACGAUCAGCUUCAACCUCCUGCACUGAAUGUUGGUUUUUAUUCAAGAUUGUAUAUUAUUGUAUUAUUACACUGCAAACACCGUGUCACGCUCAUCCAGUCGCUCUUACCCCGAGACGUUUGAAGUGAAAUCAUCUUCAUGUCCUGGGACAGACAGAAAUGAGAGUUCUGAAAAUAUAUGAAUAGAUUAAAAAAGUUGCUGAUUUCACUAAAACGUGUCCGGACUUAAAGUUGAUUAUUCAUAAAAGCUAAGAGCGACUUGAAGUGUGUGAAGGUUUUGUUGUGUUUGACUCAUCAUCAGGGCUACACUGGUCUCCACUCGACUGUGAUGUAUUGUAUUUCCUUUCAAUGAAUGUAUAGAAUUAAACAUUUACACCAA